AUGCGGCAGCGCGGCGGGGCCGGGCGGCGGGGGGCCGGCCCGCAGCCCCUCGGCCCGCAGCUCCUCGGGCCCGUCCUCCCGGCCGCCCUCUUGCUCCCGCUGCUCCUGGGCGCCGCCGGGGCGGCUCCGCUUCCGCCAGAAGCGGCAGGACAAGGAGCUACAGUUGAACUUUCCUCAUCUUUUGUGAUUCUGUGUGUAUGUACUCUAGUAGUACUGGUAAUACUGCUUGUGAACUGUGUCUCCUGCUGCAAAGACCCUGAGAUAGAUUUCAAGGAAUUUGAAGAUAACUUUGAUGAUGAAAUAGAUUUUACACCUCCAGCAGAAGACACUCCAUCAGUUCAGUCUCCAGCAGAAGUUUUUACUCUUUCAGUUCCCAGUAUUGCUUUACCAACUCCCUCCCAGUUUCCAUCUCGCGCAGAUGGAUCAAAGUCUCAAGUUGCUCGUCAGAGUCUAAACUACAUCCAGGAAAUUGGAAAUGGCUGGUUUGGAAAGGUUCUGCUUGGAGAGAUCUAUACAGGCACUAGUGUGGCAAGAGUGAUAGUGAAAGAGUUGAAAGCAAGUGCAGGUCUCAAGGAGCAAGAACAGUUUUUAAGAAAUGGAGAACCAUACUAUAUUCUUCAGCAUCCAAAUGUUCUCCAGUGCAUCGGGCAGUGCGUAGAAGCCAUUCCUUACCUCCUAGUUUUUGAGUUCUGUGACUUGGGUGACCUAAAAACUUAUAUUUGCAACGAACAGGACCACAUUAAAGGAGAUUCACAAAUAAUGCUGCUACAGAGAAUGGCAUGUGAGAUUGCUGCUGGACUUGCUGUAAUGCAUAAGCAUAAUUUUGUGCAUAGUGACUUGGCCUUACGAAAUUGCUUUCUUACAUCUGAUUUAAAUGUCAAAGUAGGAGAUUAUGGUAUAGGAUUCAGUAGAUAUAAGGAAGAUUAUAUUGAGACAGAUGAGAAGAAACUUGUUCCUCUCCGAUGGACUGCACCUGAGUUAAUAACAAGUUUUCAAGACAGACUGUUAUCAGCAGAGCAAAAUAAAUACAGUAACAUAUGGUCCCUGGGUGUAACGUUGUGGGAGCUGUUUGAGAAUGCUGCUCAGCCUUACUCAGAAUUCUCUGACAGGGAAGUCCUAACCCAUGUCAUCAAGGAGAAGCAGAUUAAACUUUUUAAGCCACAUCUGGAGCAGCCAUACUCUGAUAGAUGGUAUGAAGUUCUGCAGUUCUGCUGGCUAUCUCCAGAAAAGAGACCAACAGCAGAAGAAGUGCAUAGACUUUUAACUUACCUUCGCAUGCAAAGCCAAAGGGACUCAGAGAUUGAUUUUGAACAGCAGUGGAAUGCUCUUAAACCAAACACCUCAAACAGAGAAACAAAUAAUUCUGCAUUUCCAAUCUUAGAUCACUUUACAGGAGAUAGACUUGGCCAUGAAAUGGAGGAAGUUCUUACUGUAACUGAAACAAGCCAGGGCCUCAGCUUUGAAUAUAUCUGGGAGGCAGCUAAACAUGAUCAUUUUGAUGAAUGUGGUCGUGUGAAUCCUGAUGAAGCAAUGGCAUACACAAGUAUUUUCUUUCCCGUGGAGGUUUUUGAGAGAUCGCUUUCAGAGCAAGGGCCAGGAGCACAGGAUGGAAGUGGUCAGGAAGCAUCGCUUGCUGUUCCUGGGGUGUUACCUGUGUUUGAUGCACACAAACUUUCUGUUGGAAAUGACUACUAUAUCCAGUUAGAGGAAAAAGGUAGUGGCUGCAGCAUGAAUUUCGAUAACCAAUCGGUUGUACUAACUACAGAAGUUGAUCAAGAAGCUGUUCAAGAAAAAAGUUCUCAUUUCAUGGUUCUCAGGGAUCUUGAUGUUGAAGAAUCUAGCACUGAUGGGGACUUCUUCCACUACAAUACAGAUCCUAAAGAGGAAUUUUUGCCUGCUAAUAGUAGUCCAGAAAGUCCUUUCCAGAAUAUAUUUAAUGACAUUAACAGAUCAGAAGAAUUAACGAACAGAAAAAUACUUGGUUUUGCUGAAACGAAUGAUAUUCCUAAAGACUUUAAACUGACUGUUUUAAACUCAAACACAGAUAUUACAAAUGUCACAGGCUUUGCUGAGAAAGAGCAUUCUAGUCAUGUUUCUGAAAACAAAGCAGUUUCCUUAGGUGAAAAUAUUUCUAACCAGUCUGACUUAGUAACUUUAGAAGAACUUUCUGGUAACUUCUUAUUUCUUCAAGAGAAAAACUUAUUAACAGGGAUAUUGUCUAACAAAACCAGCAGUGAUUUUGGGCAAAAACCAGAAACUGUUCUAAAAAGUAUGUUGGAAACCUCACAUAGAAACUCUGUAGAGCCUGAGCCUGUGUUGGCUGAAACUGCACAGGUCUUUUCUUUAGUAUGUGAAAAUCUUGGAACCAUGAAAGAUGAAAAUUGUAAUCCAGUAACAACGGAUAAAGAUAUGAAUUCUCAGACUGUAGAGAUGCAGGCAUCCUCUAGUCCAUCUGCAGCCUAUAAGUUGCAUGAUAAAUGUGCAAAUCUUCCUUAUUUGAAGGAUGAGGGAAAACUUUCAAAUGUGGAAGUCAACAAAGUCUUGUCCUGUAACACUGAUACUCUUUGUCAAGAAGAGCUGUCCAGUAAUACAAAAAAUAAUAAUGCUGGAAAUGAUCCAUAUUACGGUGUUGCUGUUAAAACAGAUGGGAGUGAUGUACAAAUGAAACAGGGAAUACUUUCCAAGUCUGAAAUAGCUUUUAAUAGGGAAAAAUCCAAUCAGGAAGAUACAGAAAGAAACUUGCAAAGUAAUUCUCCCAUAUUAAAAAAAGAUGAUUUGUCAGAGGAAAGACAAGAAACAUUAAGUCAUUUUGAGAAUUGUAAGGAUGUUCCAGAAGAGGUGACCUUAAUUUCUGUUGCUACUUCAGAUUGCACUAGUCAGGAUAGUCUUUUGGAAGACAGCCCAUCUCCUGUACAGACUGCAGAACAGGCCUUAGAGACACCUGACUCUUUGGAUUCUUUAGAUGUAAAUGAGGUUUUAGAAUCUUUACAGGCUCAAAGUCCUCAGAAACUUUUACCACCUGAUAAGCCUGCUGACAGUGGCUAUGAAACAGAGAAUCUGGAGUCUCCAGAAUGGACUUCCCAUAUUACUGUUGAGGAUGCUUCUAAUGCAGAUAUUGGUAACUGUGGUGUCAGUGAGAGCAAUGCCAAUGAUCUACCUUCUAAUCCAGUCAUAAUUGUUUCAGAAGCAGCAGCUUGUUUAGAUGCAGUAAACAAUUUUGAAAUAACCCCGGAGGUUUUUGUGGGUGGGAAUCAAAACUCCUAUAGAGACUCUGCCUAUUUCUCUGAUAAUGAUUCUGAGCCAGAUAAAAAAACAGAAGAGACUGUAAAUCUAUCAAGAGAGGCUAUGUGUAUCACGUCUGCAAAUAGAGGAGAGAAUAAUACUAAAAAGGAUUAUUGUUUUGAAGAGAGAGAGCAAAAGCGUGACCUAAGAAAUUACCAGGAUACCAGUAAUCAAAGUACAAAUCCAGAACUGAAUCACAAGAUAGAGAUACAAGAGAUGGAUGUAAGGAUACAGAGGUGUCCUGACGAGUGGACUGAGGCAACUCUGAAUUCCCUGGACAUAUCAAUGGAGAAUAACCUAAGGGAUGAAAUAAAGCUGUCGGAGUUUUCCCAUAAAAGUGUCUCUUGUGUUGGCACUAAUACUUCAGAACUUUUUUCACACAGAGACUUGAAAUCUGUGCAUAACAUACACAAUCCUUUAGAUUCGAGUAACAGUGAGAAGUCCUUCUAUCACGUUGAAGGACAAAAGUUGAAAGAGCCAGAUAUUGAAGGAAAAUACCUUGGCAAACUCGAUGUUUCUGGAAUGCUUGAUUUAGAAGAUGGCGAUGAUGCAGAUGAGGAAGAUGAAAACAGUGAUUCUGAGGAUGACAUGAGGACUUUUCAUAUGCAUAGUCUGAGUUCUGACAGUGAAGAUGAAACUGUUCAUCGAGUACCUGAGAUACUUACUGACAAGGAUGAUGGAAAGCAUCUGAGAAGCUUGUUAAAACUUCCAAAACCUCUUAAUGAAAGGCAACAUGAGCACUGGAAAAAUGAGAAAAAGGCUGUAACUUUCUUUGAUGAUGUCACGGUCUAUUUGUUUGAUCAGGAAACGCCAACUAAGGAGCUGGGAAACCGUGUAGCAGACCUUAAUGGCGAAGGCUCUCACAGCACUCCUGCUCCAUCUUCGGGUUUUAGUUACUUAAAUAGAUUCACAAAUUCAGAAAGCUCGACAGAUGAAGAAGGUGGCGGUUUUGAAUGGGAUGAUGACUUCUCUUCUCCAGAGCCAUCCUUUAUAUCAAAGGCAGCUAAUAGCCUUAUUAGCUCUAAACCACCUCUUCAGUCAAAAUACUUCUCUCCACCUCCACCCACCCGGACUUCUGAACAGAACUGGUCACACUCAUCCCCAUAUUCUAGAUUCUCUAUCUCUCCUGCAAACAUGGCAAGCUUUUCCCUUACACAUCUUACAGAUUCAGAUAUAGAGCAAGGAGGAAGCAGUGAAGAUGGAGAAAAAGAUUAAACGGAUUUAAAACUUCCUGGGACUACGUACACAGAACACACAGACUCUGCGUCUGAAACUUCUUUAUCUGAACUCUGGAUCUCCUGGAGUAAUACAGGUAAUCAAGAAGUCCUAAGAAAUGAGAGUAAACACUGAAAAAAAUGUUAAAUCAGGACAUUAAUUUGAAUGUGUAUUUAACUUUGUAAUGUAUUUUUAAAUCAGUGCAAUUUUGCUUUUCAUUGAAAGAUGAUUCUGCCACUGUUUUCAAGUACUUGAAGUAUUUUUCAGAUAACUUAAACAAGUAAAGCAAUUACACUAGUCUGGUUUAUGUAUGAGAUUGUAUAAUACUCUUUUUAUAUUUUUCCAUGUAGUUCAUUAUCUAUUUGAACAUACACCUGUUGUAGAAUUGUGUAUAACUGUCCUGUGCAACAGGUGUCUGUGUUGCUGAAACUGUAUGAAUGAUAGUUGAUCAGUAGUAGCCAUAUUUAUUCAAAAAGAUAUCACUACAUGUUACUUUGCUUAUUACGAUUGCACUAUGGAUUAUUCUUCCUCUAUUUCCUGAUGAUGUACAGAAUCAAAAUCUUAAAUCUUUCAAGGAAAGUAAGACAAGUUGAAUUGGCCCAGUUACCCAGUUUAAUUUGUCCUCUUUUGUAGCCUUUGCUAUGCACGGUACUUGUAAAACGUACAUAACUUCUGAGUGUUAUGUUAGACUUGCUGAAAUCUUCUAUUCAGUACCAUUUCUAAAUGAUAACGAUUAUAGAUUGUUAGUGUUCAUGUUUUAUAGGAAACUGGAAUAGAAUAUAUGAUAUAAUCUGGAAUUUGUAGAUGAAAGAAAUAAUGUCUCAAUUCCUGAAUACAAUCCUACUGACUGCUUAAACUGUAAUACCAUCUGACUAUAUCAUGCUUAAGGGCCUUCCAGUUGUUAUUACAACUUUUGCCUUGGAGAGAGAAGAAAUAAAAUUGACUGUACAAAACUGGAAAUUAUGAAUAUUCUAAAACACGACUAAUUUCAGUAGACUGGAUUUAGGCAUGUUUGGUCCUGUAAUUGUACAUUCUGUGAAUUUUGAAGCUCUCUUCUGCUGACUGCAGACUGGGGCUGCCAUUCAGAGGCCUGUGGUAGAUCUACCUCUCAGUGAUGUUCCGACAAUUAAGAAUUAGAUUAAUGGUUAAUAACCAAUUUUGCACCCUUUAUAAGGCCAGACAUUUAAAGGUAUUUGCAAGGCUCCAUGCUACACCUUGGAAUGCAUACUGACCCAAUGAUGCUGUAUAGUAACGUUUAACGUUUACUCUGAAGCUGUGUGUAGGGAAGGGAAUACAACGUGGUUUUUUAACCUUCAUGCUCUGCUGUGUGUUCAGCUAGUUUAAUCCUUUAAAUUGCUUGGAAAAAAAAUAAUCUUUAAUCACUACUCUAAAGCAAAUUAAUUUGAGAAACAAAUCCGUGGCCUUUUGGAAUGCCUUAUCCAGCUGUUGAUCUGCAGGAAACGCUAACAAGAACAGUUUACCCGGCUUUAAAGUACUUUGUAUUUUAGUGGCUUUUUUGGCAGGGCUUCAUUGUAUUGGUGGUCCGAGUGCUCUGUAUUCAGAUCCACUCACCAGAGAAUUGUCAUCCCAUGAAGUGUAGGAGGACCACAUAUUUUAAGCUAUGUGAAGUUUGUGUUGUAUACUUCUAUAUGCAUUUUCAUUUUUAAAGUAUGUUUUAAAUGACAGGAAUAUGUUAACUGCUUUUGUCCAGCAUUAUUUAGCCCUUAGCCAGAAUGGCUUCCAUACCAGUCAAAAGGGAAUGAUUUAGUUCUGUAAAGUUAUUUGAAUUUGCCAAUUUAUUGUUGAGAACUUCUGAUGCGGCACUCAGGUUCAGAGUUGGUCAGAACUGUACUUCAGUGUGGAGCAAGGAACAGAAUUUUUCAUGGACUUUUCUCAAAACAUGAUUUAAGAGACAAAGCCAAAUAGUUCUUAAUACAUGCUUACAGUACGUACUGUAGAGCACUUAAGGAAGCUGUGCGCUGUUUGUAAUAUUUUAAAAUAUAGGUAAUAGACUUUGUGCACACAUUAUUGCUUAGAAAUUCCAUAAUUCCAACAUUGAACUCCUUGAUAUGGCUAGAUUAAUUAGAUCUCAUCUGUGUUGUGUAAUUCUCACACUACAUUGAGUACGGAAAUUCAAAACUGAGAAUGAAACUCCCUAAGUGGUCUGCAAAUAAUGCGUGGGUUUAUCUGCCUUGUGUGCUGAGAAAUCUACUGGAUCAGAUCUGGAGUUCAGCCUUAAUUUUGAAUUGCUUAACUUAGAAUAGAGUCCAAAGUUAAAUAAAAGCUUUUAUUCCAAAAUGUUAAAAUUUAGUAGUGCAUUUUGGUUCUUGUAGUUCUGGAAACUCAGAUAUUUCUCAAACGUGCAGUAUUUCAUCCUGCACAUCAGGAAUUUCCUUUGCUUGGUGGAAAUGUUUUUUAUUCUUUAGCAGGGUUUAGAGAAAAUCUUGCAUAGAAAGUGAAAGUUACUCCUUUGUCCAAAUGGACUCAUUGCUAAUUAAUUGCCAAAGGAGCAUUUUUUUUCCAAAAUGGGCUGGGAUAUGUAUGAUAUUAAGCAAGGUAAUGUCCUUUUAAGCUGUACAAUGAAAAGAAAGAAAUAUUUGAAGUUGACUCACCUCAGUUAAACUAAGAAUUUAGUUUUAGUAAUCCAGUAGGCUGGAUUGCAAUAAUCUAAAAGGUUUCUUUGGAAAAAAUUAUAGUUAAAUUAUAGUUAAAAUCUGAUCAACUACUAGCAAUAUUGAGAUACCCACCUAGCAGUCAGUGACACAAUGAAGAUGAAUCUGUAUUUCCAACAAAUUACCUUUUAGUAAGUGGGUUUAUGAGUCAUUCUUAAAACUGUGUAUGUAAUUUCUUGCACUAGCUACAAAGCAUGGUUUCAGUUUUAGAAGUACAUGUAUCUAUUUUCAAUGGUUUAUUAUGAGGACUGGUUACAUUUUAAUUCCUUCUCUAGUACAAGACCUUGAUUAUUUGAAUAAUGAAGGCAUUGUCUCAAUUUGGCUACUAAAAUUCUUUAAAAGAUCUGAUUUUUCCCACCUAAAGAAGUUUGUUUAGAAACAGAGGAUCUGUAGUAAGAAGCUAACCAAGUGAGAAGUGUCCAGUUAUAAUGGAAACACCUGUACUUUCCCAAAUUCCCUAGCUGCAGACAUGUUGUGUGUAUAACUGCGUUCAUGGAAACUGCCAUUUUCAUGGAAGUGAAUGAGUUAAGCAUUUUUCAUAUCCUUGUUGAUGCACUAAUGAAAGCCAUUUAAGCCUCAUUCUUUUUAUCAGUAUUUUUAGCAGAUUUUUAUGUAGUACUCAAAUCUUUUUUCAUGAGGAGGCUGGUUGGUAGAAAGACUUUUUUUUCUGAUUAAGCACUAUGCUAAAAUGUCAGCAUUGUCAGGUGUUAGUGACAUGGCUAUUUUUAUUGGUGUUGGUGAAAGGUGGAAUCAAAGUUCAUUAGCCUUAUAAGAAAUAGCCUUAAAUAAGAAUGGAGUGUACAAAAUUAUUUCAGCUUUAAGUCAUACAGAAAUAUCCUUGUACGUUAAUGGUUUUGGUACAAGACUGGAAAAAAUCUAGAGGGGAGUCGAACAUCAUAUAAACUUAUUGAAAAUAAGUAUUUGUAAUACCAGCAGCCUGUUUUUCAGAAACUUGAAUAUGACUUAGUUAGUUUUGUUUAUGAAAUUGUUUGAACUUGCACAGUUGUAGGUGUAACUUAAAUGAUAAAUGGUACUGAUGUGUGUAUAUAUAAUGUUUAAUUCUAUUUGUAAAUGAGAAACUAUGUAACAAAAUCAUAGGUAUGAGGUUUUCCUAUUGUAAUUUAAUACAGGUAUGAGGUUUAUGGCAAUAUAUAAUAGUUAAUGAAAUUUCAGGUCAAAAUGUCUUUAAAUUGUGUACAUUUUUAAAUUGUAAUUUCUACUGUAUAUUGAUUAUCAUGCAUAGUGUGAUUCGAUAAAUUGCUUGUAAUUUAAAAAUAUUUAAUAUUAAAAAUAAAAUACAGUUAUAUAUUUAUA